AUGAACAUAAAAAGAAAGCAAAGUACAAUAAAAACGCUUGACAAUAAGGACUGUAAUGAGGAAGUUAAUUCAAAUGUUGAUACAAAUGAAGCAACAGAAGAAUUAUUGGAUAAUCAAGUAAUUGAAUCUUCAUUAAAAUGUCAACAAACUAAUCUCGUUGAGUGUUGUCGCGCAUUAGUCAAUUCACUCUCUGGAAGUCAUCCACUUUUGGUUGGUGAAACACGAACAUUUUGCAAUGCUCUUAAAAGAAUUGCUCUUUUGAGUGAUGAACACUGGCUCUAUGUUCUAUCUCAAUUCGAUCAGCAAUUGAAUCGUCUUUUUAGAACUCUUGCUUCUCUACCAGCAGUAAUGCAAACACAACAACAUUUAAAGCAAAAACAAAAUAUUUGUUCUUAUUUAGAAAAGGUUCAUUUUUCUUUAAAUGCACUUUUCAAUAAAACUUGUCUUGAUUGUGAUGAGUUUACACAAAGUGAAAAUGAUCUUCAAUUUAUUGCUGAUUUUGCUGAACAAAUACGUGAAUCUUUGGAUAUUCUAAUUGAACAAAAUUCUAUUCUCUCUGAUUUAAAUAAAAGAGCAUUAAAGCGUGCUUCAUUGUGCCUCAAUGUUGCAAAAAUUUCUCCAAUUCUAAGCGAAAUGAACUCUACCGCUAUUCCUUUACCUGGGCAAGAACAUUGUCCAUUUAAUGAAAUUGUUACUUUACAAAAAAUGUCUCCUAUAGCUUAUGUCCUUCCGACGAAAACGCGUCCAAAGAAAAUUUCUUUUAUUGGAAAUGAUGGAAAAACUUACACAUUUCUCUUCAAAGGACAAGAAAAUUUAUAUAUUGAUGCUCGAUUGAUGCAAUUACUUCGGAUGUGCAAUACAAUCUUCGCUGAUCCAAAAAAUCAACGUCAAAUGGACACACGUCCUCCUUAUCAUACUGCAGCUACUUAUUCUGUUACACCACUAGGUGCACGAUGUGGAUUGAUUCAAUGGGUUGAAGGUUCUACACCACUUUUUCAGCUUUAUUGGAAAUGGCGUGUCCGACGAGCAAAAUUUUUGGCUGAACUAGAAGAAAAUAAACUAAAUAAACAACAAGGAAUUCCAAAUAAUGUACUAAAACGUGGCGGUCAAAUUGAUAUUUCUCAGAAACAAAAAAUUAAUUUAACGGACAAAUCAGCUAUUACAACUUCAACUGAACCAGAGCGACCAAUUGAGCAUUUCUUUAAUAAAUUGAGGGCUGUGUUUGCUGAAAAUGAUAUUGCUAAAGAACGUGUGGCAGAUCGACGUCGAUGGCCCCCUAAACUUGUGAUGCGUGUACUUCACGAAUUGAUUGAUGAAACACCAAGAGAUAUACUUGCAAAAGAGAUUUGGAUGCAUUCUUCUACUUCAGCUGCAUGGUGGGAACGAACUCAUAAUUUUGCGCGUACUACUGCUGUUGCUUCAAUGAUUGGAGCUUUAUUCGGCAAUUCUUUUAAAAUUAUUUUUACGCACAUUUUUAUUUUUAGGACUUGGUGA